CGAGUUUCUAAAACACUAACACACUUCAUCAGGGGCUAUGGAUUACAAAAGCUAAGAACGGCCCCAUGCUAAGUUUCGCCUUCAACCAAUGCAAAAACGUCUACCUCAUCUUCUCCAUCAACAAGUCAAAGGCAUUCCAGGGCUAUGUAAGUCCAGUCAUCUGUCGUGCUUACCAUGUAACUUAUCCACAACAAACUAACCGCAUCGCAACACGCAUCUCGCAGGCCCGCAUGACCACAGCCCCCGAUCCCGAUAUCGCCCCAGCCAAAUGGAUGAGCAACAUAAGCUGGCAAACUAGCUACCCCUUCCGCAUUGAGUGGCUCAACACUCGCCGCACCGAGUUCUGGACUCUGGGAGACCUCAAAAACGCCUUCAAUGACAAUGCCCCCGUCUUUGUUGGCAGGGACGGCCAAGAAUAUCCUGAGGAUUGUGGACGUAAGAUUCUUGAGAUGUUGGAUCGUAGCCCAGAAGAGCGUGGCGAGGAUUCCCCCUGGGCAACGAUGGCCAGCCCCCGUUCACAUACAAAGUCUAGCAAAACGGAGGCCCUAAGUUGGCGACGCGAAGAGUUGCCCGGCUCAGAGGAAGCGGUUCCUACUAACACGGGUUCUGAGCCAGCCGCCGAGAUGCCAUUGAUAGAUUACUAACAUUCAUAUCAUGAGAUGCUGGAUACAGAUAGAC